AUGUCGGCUUAUGCGCAUCAGAUGGAGAGGGAAUUCUCAGGUCUCUCAAGCCGAGGCAAUUCUGAGAUGGGGAGUCGAUUUUCGAUAGAUUCAGGAUGUUACAUGACAUCUUUAGCAGCUACGAUCUUCAUUGCUUCUCUUGUAACAUUCGGUGUUCUGAUGCUUACGCUUCUUAUAGCUAUCUCAACCAUGUUACAGAGCUGCGAAAACCAAAACUCUGGAAUGGUCGAGAUUCAUCAAAGACUUGAUGAUGAGAGUUUCAGUUACUGCAGAAUCUUGUCUUUACACUCGCAGCUCAAUAGAUUGGAAGAAGUGGAAGAAGAAGAAGGAAGUAGCUUUGAGCUACCAUUGUUAUGCAGAGAUGUUGCUUUACGCAGAAUCAAACAAGGAAUCUACUUGAGAGAGUUAAACUUCACUAUCCAAAUGGCUCUCUCUUACUUCCAAACCAUCAAACCGUUGAAAGAUAACCGGGAUGCUGUUGUGAUCGACACCGAUGAAAUCAAUCUAUUAGUAGAACAAGAGAGUUACAUCGAAGAAGCAAAGCACCAGAGAAGCAAACUAACACUUGGACUAUACUCUAAGCUAAGAUCACAAGGUUAUUCAAUGGUUCUGUUAUCAAGAAGACCCGAAAGAGAGAGAAAUUCCACGGCCGAGCAGUUGUUAUCUAGAGGAUACAGCGACUGGUCUCAUUUGAUCAUGAGGGAAGAUACAAGACAGAAGGAAGAGUUACAAAGAGGAUAUCGCGUGGUUGGAGUAAUUGGUAAUCAUAUGGAUGUGUUAAGAGGAGGACAGUGGAGAUGGGGAAGCAAGCGUCUGUUCAAGCUUCCAAGUCUUACCUAUAACGAUAUUUUGGAUUACAGUGUAAGAUGA